GCACGUGCCCUGGAAAUGGAUACACCGAGUCGUGUUUAGUAAUGGAUGGAGUCAGACAGAUGGGCCGUGCCUGCUUUGUGUCCUGGAUUUUGGAAUCAAGGAAGGGCUCAUAAAUAAUAAGAGGGAAGAACAACGAAAUUGGGGAAGUAGAGACAACACUUCCUCUUCUUUCGAAAGAGCCUUGUUCUCUGGUCAGCCUCUAAUGGUCGUCCUGUGGGGGUGGAGCCUGCAGAGCUGCGGCUGCUGACAGUGGAAUCCUCAUCCUUUGCCUCCGAGGAUUAUGAGUUUUCUGAAUUCAGGGAUAAAGAGCCAGUGUCUGGACUUACUCUCUUUUUAUUGCAUGAACCCUGAAAGUAUGCCCUGCAGUCCAAAGUGACACCAGUAAGUGUGGACUUGCCCACCUCACGCAGGCUCUCGACACCUGGCUAGUCCCUUCUCCCACCUGCUGAGAAUCCUGCCAGCUGCUGGGCAUAGAGCACCUACCCAAGUUCACGAACUUCUCGUGGAAGGACUGAUCGUUCAAGGUUUUAGGAGGCGAACCACUGACAGCAGAACUUUAAGGCAGAUCAGAAGCAACAGAACUAGAACGAGGACGCUCAUAGCUUUUUGCUUUUAUGUCUACCAAUUUGACAUCGUACAUGGCUACUGAAGGCAAUGUUCUUCAGGUUCCCUUGCGUCAGAAGCAGAGAAAGAAAACUCAAGGAUUUUUCACCAUGAGUCGGAGGAGGAUAUCAUGUAAAGACCUGGGGCAUGCUGACUGCCAGGGGUGGCUGUAUAAGAAAAAGGAGAAAGGAACUUUCCUAGGCAACAAAUGGAAAAAGUUCUGGGUGGUGCUGAAGGGAUCGUCGCUCUACUGGUACAACCAUCAGUUGGCAGAGAAAGCUGAUGGAUUUGUCAACCUCCCUGAUUUCACUGUAGAGAAAGCAUCUGAAUGCAAGAAAAAGCAUGCUUUCAAGAUCAGCCAUCCACAGAUCAAGACCUUUUAUUUCGCAGCUGAGAAUGUACAGGAAAUGAAUCUGUGGUUAAACAAGUUUGGAUUAGCUGUAAUCCAUCAUGAGUCCACUACAAAGGAUGAAGAAUGCUACAGCGAGAGUGAACAGGAAGAUCCUGAAAUAGCCGCGGAGACACCGCCGCCUCCUCGCCGGGUGGAGGCUCCAUCUCCUUUGGCUGCACAGCGGGCAUCUUCAUCUUCGCCCAAAUCGAGUGAAGCAGCCCGUUCUUUCUCUUCCAUGGAGAACACAAGAAAGGCACCCAGAAGUUUGUCUUCCUCCUUGUCUAGAGGAAGACAGUCCUGGAUCGACAUGGUUAACAGUUCGUCCGCUGCUGGUGGUGAGGGACAGUCUGUGACGUGUGCUGUGCAGGUCCACUCCCCUGCGCCUUCAGAGGCAAACAGCCGCAGGGCCCUGGAAGACAGCCUGGCCACAUCAGAAAGUGGAUUUUUGAACUCUAUAUCCAGUGAUGACACUUCUUCAUUGAGUAGCAACCUAGACCCUCUCACUGUCCCAGACAAGCCGCCGGGAUCAAAGAUGACGGACAGAGAAGAGACAAAAGUGUCUGAAGAUGAUGAAAUGGAGAAGCUCUACAAAUCAUUAGAGCAAGCUAGCCUGUCUCCUCUUGGGGACCGACGGCCUUCAACCAAAAAGGAGUUGAGAAAAUCCUUUGUUAAGCGGUGCAAAAAUCCAUCCAUAAAUGAGAAACUCCACAAAAUCCGAACUUUGAAUAGCACAUUAAAGUGUAAAGAACAUGACCUGGCCAUGAUUAACCAGUUGCUGGAUGAUCCGAAGCUGACAGCCAGAAAAUACAGGGAGUGGAAGGUCGUGAACACACUGCUGAUCCAGGAUAUCUACCAGCAGCAGCGGGCCCCCACGCCUGCCUCCGAAGGCUCCCCCCAGGGACUUGAGAAACCACCUCCCUCUGCCUGCGUCGAAAAUUCUAUUUGAGACUAAGACGGGCUUCUUUCCCCUUCAAUUAUCUCACCCCAAGCACCUCUUCAAGAUACGCUGCAAGAGCUUAACGUUUUUUCCUUAAAAAGGAAAACCGAAACCCAGAUCCUCCUGUAGAGAUGCGAUUGGGGUGAGAAUAAACACCAUGGCAGCGGUGCCCGGUCCAGGGCUUCCAUUCAGACCCGAGCGGUGGAGUCCAGCUGAACAAACAGUUUGUGUUCCUUUGGGGAGCUCUCAGCUAUGCUAGGUUCCAGGCGGGGUGUGAGAACUGUAUCCCCUGUUUCGUGCUCUCAAGGGAAUUACAACAUUCCACGGACAAAAGAUCACUCUGUCCCAGAGAUACAUACUCACCGAAAUACUCUUGUUUUCCAAAGGAAGAACGUACGUAUUCCUUCUGGUUGGGUAGCUGAGUUCCCCAAAUCUUUUUUUUGUUGUUGUUUUUUGAGUGGAAGAAUGCUUUCUAUAGCAGCACCUGGAGCAGGACAGAUGUGGUAUUGUGGAACCAAAAUCCCUUGCCUUUGGUCCAGAAUGGUGGUGCCUUUUCCACAUGUUGAGAAAUACUUCACAGCCAGUGGUGUGUUGGGAGCACCCGUGGAGGAGGCAUGCUCUCUAUUCCACUCACUGAAAGGACAGCUUAAUAUUUUCACGGUUUAUCCAGGUUGGGAAGGGGGAUCUGAUGAAUGUUUCCUUUCUGCAGAACAGCCGAACGAAACAGCUCUCGUUACACUUGGAGACCUCUCCUCCCUCCUCGCUUUUCUAAACCACAGAGACAGACGUCCAGCGAGGAAUGUUUACUGCCUUUGUCCUUGGGUGUGGUACCUAUGCACGGUCUAAAUGUAUAGCCAGGUCCCCCAGGAUCAGCAUUGACAAGAUGAUUCUGGCAUUUGAAUUGUUUUAGUAUCUUCACCUCCUGCCCCCCCUCCAAACCCAACAAAACCAACAAAAGAGUUAAAUACGAUUGUUUUAUUUUUGUAUGUUUAUGUGUCACUUUGUGUCCUAUGUGAAUAGCUAUGUAUAACAUUUGUUAUUUAAGGAUAUUUAUAGAAGCUUAAAUGACUAGUGUUUUAAAAGAUGAUAUACUAUUAUAUGUUUUGUUCAGUAUAUAUUUCUAAGCAUACACUUUGUGCUUGAGAAAAAUAGGAAAACUACCUAUUCAUUGGAGUUACUAUGUUGCACUAUAAUGUAUGAGGAAUGCUCAGGAAAUCUUGUGGGAUAAGUGUGGGGCAUGCGUUAAUAAUCUUUACUUUCUGGCUUUUCCCUCUGCUUUCUCUCUCUCUCUCUCUCCUCUCUCUCCCCCUAUAAAGCUUAGAUUUCUCUGUUGUAAACCACUCUCCUAACCAGAAAAAGACUUGCAUCCUACAUUAUCCCUUCUAGUAAAUACAUUUCAAGUUUUCUAUCAUUUAUGCCCACACACCCUAAACCAACUGAAGCACGGUUAUUGUAGUCUUUUGACGAAAGACCUGUAGAAAUUUGGGGGUUUAUUGUUAAAGAAAACUCACUUUAUUAGAGGAACUAUAGGGAAAUCUUCACUUACUCAUCACCAUGCAUACUUCUCACCGUUAGAAUAACCACAACCCACCCCAAACCCAUUUUGGCCUGACCCCUAGCAGAUCGUCAACAUAAAACUAUUGGCUUUAUAGUGUCAAAGUGUGUGGCUUGAUGUUUAAAUGGAAAUAACCCCCUGAAUUUUAUCUGCAAACUAAAAAGGAAAUAGUUGUUGAAAUGUUCCCUAAGCUUUACUAAGAAGUCUUAAUGCUUUGUAAACAAAAAUCAACCUUAGCAUUAAGAUAGCAAACAAAAAAACAAAAAAGAUAAAAAACCAUACACACAACAAACAAACAAACAAAACCAGGAAGCAAGUUGUAGUACUGGAAGCUUCUGGAAGAUAAAGGUCAUGCUGUUCAGUUUGGCCCAGGAAACAUUUAAGUGGAGUGUGACGGGCACGGCUCAGACCAUGCAGAGGGGGGACCUGGCCCUCCGUGAGUUUACUGUUGGCACAGAGAGAAGUAACCGCUCGGGUCCUCAGAUUGGACCCUGAAGCUUCUAGUUUGAGAGGCCAGUGCUUCCAUCUUUUCACUCUGGAAAUUAUCACUGAUUCUUCUUUCUGUAAUUAGCAGCAUCUGACUCUUCCUGAAAUUAGCAGGUUGAUUAUUUAGGAUUCACAAUGACACAAAGUGGGGAGAGGAGGAACAGUGAUGGAGGAAAUGGUGGGAUGAUAAGCGUUUUUCCACCUUUUACCCUUUGUUUUGCGUCACCCAUUUAUGAACUUCAAAUUGGUUUUUGCCAAAUCGCUCCAAAGCUUUUGGCCAGGGCUUGCAAAUAUAUUCUAAUGCUUUACUUUUGACUUUUCAUUAGUACACAUUGAACUGACCUUUGAAAGUCCUUUAAAACACUCACAUUUAAAGGCAAAAUAGAUCUGGAGAUUACUUACUCCAGCCUUUCAGGUAUUUUUCAAAGUCAAGUUAGUCUAGAUGCUUCUGCUUUGUCAGUUAAAGCAGUUGCUUUGCAGGAGCACCUCAAAUGGAAGUUCAAGUGAACUGCGUAAUUUCACACCUUGCUCUUCGAGACCAGACCCACCUGCUGGUUCGUGACUUCCCUUCCGCUAAUGCUUUCACCCUGUGUUCUGCUGGGCUAGGAAGGGGGGGGCUGCUGCUGUGAGUCCCACCUUCGGCUGUGGCCGCCAAGGAGGGUGAGAAGUAACUCCAGUCAGUCUCUCUUAGCCUCAAGCCAUUUUUCUGGCCCAUUGCUGUCUGUGCUGUGUCGUGUCUGGCACUUGAAGGGUGUCUUUUGAAUUAAUUAACAAUUUAUUUGAUUGAUUGAAUUAAUUUUAAUUAGUUAAUUAAAUUCUUAGUUGUGCCACAAUCUCAGCAUAGUGCCCAGCGCCACCUAGGAAGGCUCCAAGCUCCAAGGGCGCUAUUUGCAAAGACUCCGGGAAGCCAGCUGAAGGGAGAGGGCGUGCUGGAGUGGGCUUGCCAGGGGAACCGAUGAGGAUGCCUUAUGCUUACGUAGCACUUUGUAGUUUGCAGAUGGGUGUGUUUCAGGCUCCCUCUCCCCCUCCCCAGGGGUCUUCGUAACACUGGGGAUGGCUGUGGGGAGUGCACCACGUGCUGGGGCCCAGACGUGAGCUUCAGUCUCCCUCCUCUCUCCCCCUCUGCCCUGUGCAGUGGCUGCGGGGGACCCAGCAGUUGAAAUCUGAUGGUACCUGGUACCGGUCGUCACCCUGAAAUCGGCACAAGGCUGAGGCUGCUUUUGGGAGGUCGUUGGCUGGAAACCCAAGGGGCCUCUUUUCCUUGAGUACAGUCUCUUCCUCAUGGCCUGAAAGGUUUCUGUCCCCCGCUGGGCUGGCUGUGGACAGGGUUUAACGUAAUCAACCCUGCUUCUCUUCUGUGAAGUUCACUUCUUGCCAGGGGCUAUGAGAUCCUUGGAUGAAAGGGAUCCACUUUAAGACGUGGAGUGCAUUUAUUUUGUUUUCCUUCUAAAACGUCUCAGGAGAUGCCAGAGACCAGGCUUAGUGACUAAGGGUUAGAUCCUCAAAUUCCGCUCUUAAUUCCUGCUCAUUUAAUUCUGCUAGUUUCCUAAGAGCCUCUAAGUCACAGACAAUGUCACAGAGAUGAAACAGUACUUCUAAGUCAUUUGGGGAGGGGUGUUACAACAAAUUACGGCCUUUUAAAAUUCACAGACACAUACCUCUGUGUGGCAGGCUCACUGAAAGGUAGUAUUUAGUGAGUCAUCAGGAGAUUGGGUGAGUACGUGCAGAGGACGGCUAUCCGACAGUCACUGGACGUUAAAAAGCUGCCUUAUCCAAAUGAAGUUUUCAGGUAUAUCUUUUCUUCAGUUCAACAGAAUAUGAUAUUUGAUUGGGGUUUUCCAAUUUAUUACCCUUCCAACUUUUCGUAUACUGGUCUCCCCAGAGACAUAGAGCCCCAGAAGUCUGCCCUGCCCAGGGUUCUGUAAUAUGUAACUGAAAAUGAAAACCCCAGAAACUAGAUUUUAUCAACCGUACGAAGUCGACUGGUGGGGAGCGAGAGUCCCACCUCGUGCGGAGAGCUGCCCGUCUCAGUGAACAAGAUAAUGAGCUACAAGUUUCUCCACAUUGUGAGACAGGAAGCAAUUUUCUCACCUCCUCUGCACAUCUUUACUGUUCCUCACACCACCGCAGACCACAGAGAAAACGAACGGCAACAAAAAGUGGAUGCUACGUUAAAAAAAAAAAAAUAAAACAACCCAAAAACCUGUUCUCUUGUUUCUCUUGCUGUGAGAAGGCUUCACUGCUCUGUGUUGACAUUUCUUUGCCUUGAGUCCAAAGGGAAAGCAUGCCCCAUGGAGACAUUUAGCAUCUCAUAAUUGCGCCCAGGAUUUUAAACCUCCAUGUAUUUAAUGUCCUUGCAUGAUGGGGGUGUGACUUUUAGCCCUGCAUGGUGUGUGGGGGCAAGAUGUGAAUGUGGAAACGAUACCUUCGAUCUCACUGUGCUUUCGUUUUCUGUCACCUGCCGUCUUUGACCAAACUGAUAAAAAGCACGGCUCAUUUCUCCUGCUUUAUGUGUUUGAGGUUGACGUGUCAGAUAAAAAUAAAAACAAGGGAAAAUAUAUCUAGCAAAUGACAUAGAAAAAAAUGGAAAAUGUCCUACUGGUGUUGAUUUUCUGCCCUGAAGUGUUGCUUCCUCAAAAUAAAAUCACCCUGGAAAGUGC